AUGGUGCCUUAUGUUGGCAUCUCUCGGAGCCCAACCGAUCCGCGCUCGUCUGACCAGACAGUGAAGGGCCUGAAUGGUGCUGAGAACGGGGACACAGAUGGUGCGACAUUGAAGAAGACGCUUUCGCGCCCACAGCAGCCACAGAGGGCGCUGGCUUCACGGCAACCAGACCAUACAUCCACAACUCCUGCUCUUUCUAAACAGCCACCCCAGCAGCACCGGCAAUACCGCCACCAUGGCCGCAAAAGAUCCGCUUCUGGUAGCAGCAUGCAUCUCGACCUUCCACAGCACCCGUCAGCUGCCGAUACUGCCUUGGCUGCCUUGCAGUACCUCCCCACACCCGUCCUCGUUCUCAAUUCUUUGAAGACUAUCGUCCUCGCAAACGAAGCAAUGGGCAGAUUACUGGGGCUACAUAGCAGUGUGGACCUUCCCACAGAUGCUGUCAGUCUCAAAGGUCAAUCCUUGUCGCAAAUAGGCAUUGAUAUGAUCUCCGAUGGCGUUCCUGUCUGGGUUAGCUGGGACAAAUUCUUGGACAAUCUGACCGCUGGUAAUGUAGUACUCCCACAGUCACCCUCGUAUAUGCCAGCUCGCUCACCGGGAAGUGGGGAAACCACUCCCACUGCUGAUGCAGAAUCUGAGAGACACAAUACUUUGGUCCCCGAGAGAGGUCGCUCUUCCUCACGCAACAGAUCACCUGCUCAAGAUACUAUCGUCGAAGUCGUCAUAUCCUCCUCGAGUCUGCAGCGUAACGGCUCCUCACGCCCUUAUGCUUCCCGCCACCAUCAACCAAAGAGUCCCUCCAUACAGGCCACCUGCAAGAUGAUCAUAUCCAUAUGGAAUUUGAAUGAUCAGCAGUUUUUUACCUUGAGCUUCACUGCCAGUGGUCAUCAUCAUGCAAAGGGCCGACAUCACCCCACCAGCCAUGUUACCCCUCGAGCACCCUCGACAGCAUCUGGCCGCUCGCUUCAUUCGAGCCACUCAUCCGAGACGCCACGUUCAUCCACUCCUGUCUCGACAGUGACCUCUCCCGCCGAUCCUAAUAUGCAUUCGCCUUUUCUUCCUUAUGGCGCCCCUUCAAAAUGCUCGCCAGCCAACACUUUCACUGAAUUCCAGAAAGUCACGAGGAUGAAGGACGCCAUGCUCAGUGCUAUGAACAUUCCUGUUAUCUCCAUGUGGCGCGAUGAAAGUGUCGUCUUCCCAAAUCCCGCCGCUCGCCGACUGUUGGCCGUUACGGCUGAUCCCACAACUGAAGAGAGCUAUGACUUUAUGUCUCGAUUCAGCCCUUGGACUGCCGACUUCAGCAGAGAGUUGACCGAGGAUGAGAACCCCAUCAUCAAGUUGUGUAGGACACAGCAACCUUUCGCAAGUUGGCAAAUAGGCUUGAUCAACAAUGCAACUGGGAAGAAGUCCAACUUCGACGUGAGCGGCUACCCUGUCUUCGAUGACAAGACGAAUGAGUUUUUCGCAGGCCUGGUGGCCUUCAAGGACGUGACAGAAUAUACCGAGAAGAUUGCAAGCCAAUUGGCUGAAAACGAGUUGCAAUUUCAGCUCAUCUGCGAUACCAUGCCUCAGAUGUUGUGGACCACCCGCCCUGAUGGUUUUCAUGACUACUUCUCCCAGAGAUGGUAUGACUAUACAGGGCUUAUUCCGGAAGAGUGCCGUGGAGUGAAUUGGCGCCUCCCAUUCCACCCCGACGAUCUGGAGAUUGCUGGACCCAAGUGGAUGCACUCCCUUGCCACUGGUGAUGAAUACCUGGUUGAAUACCGUUGUAGGCGAAAAGACGGAGUUUAUCGCUGGAUGCUGGGAAGAGCCUUACCUUUGAAAGACAAAAACGGCACAAUCGUGAAGUGGUUCGGCACGUGCACCGAUAUCCAAGACAUCGUGGAUGCGAGAGAAAUGAGCCAAAGGGGACGACAGCAGCUCGUCGACGUUCUCAGUGUUGCCCAAAUGACCAUGUGGGUCGUGGAUCGCAAAGGUAUAUUGACUCUGUUCGAGGGACAGGCAGACGAUGCCCUGAAUCCAGAAAAGAUGAAACCUGACCUGGUCGGCACGCCUGCUAUCGCUGCCUUCAAAGACCACAUAGAACCUGCAAGGUUUACUGCGAUCACAGAAAAAGUACUCUCGGGUAAAUCCCCCCUGGAGAUGGUCGAAAUCAAAGAUUUGAGUGGCCGCUGGUUCAGAGUGCAACUCAUGCCUCAACGCGGUCGUGCUACUUCGAAUGGUCCACUUGAACAAGACGAAAUUAUAGGCGUUAUUGGCACAAGUAUGGAGGUCACCCAGAUGAAAGAUAAAGAACAGGAAAAUGUCCGUCUUAUCGCAAAAGAAACUGCUGCUAAAGAGGCAAGCAAGAUGAAGAGCAGCUUUCUAGCCAACAUGUCUCAUGAAAUAAGAACGCCCAUUGCAGGUGUGUUAGGCAUGUCAGAACUACUGAUGGAUACCGACCUGGACCAGGAGCAAGCUGAAUUUGCACAAAACAUCCAACGAUCAGCAAACUCACUAUUGACCGUCAUCAAUGACAUAUUGGACUUUUCCAAAAUUGAGUCAGGCAGACUUGACAUUGAAGAAGUUCAGUUCAGUUUGACAAUUGUACUCAAAGAUGUUGCGAAAAUGCUAUCUUACGCUGCUACAAGGAAAGGCUUGGAGUUUACGAGCGAGCUGAACCUUGGAGAUGUGGAAGACUUCAGGCUACUUGGAGAUCCCGGCAGAAUCAGGCAGAUAUUGACCAACCUUCUAACAAACAGUAUCAAGUUCACAGCAGACGGCUAUGUGAAGCUCAGAGUCAACAUUGUCGAACCAAAACCUGAUACUAUGCUAGUCGAAUUUAUUGUGGAAGACACAGGCAUUGGAAUUGAAGAAGAGGUCAGAAAGCGACUCUUCAGACCCUUCAGCCAGGCGGAUUCUAGCACUGCUCGACGUUUUGGAGGUACUGGCUUGGGCUUGACUAUCUGCAAGAAUCUUGUAGAACUGAUGAACGGUCAAAUAUGGCUGGACUCCAAGUUAGAUCAGGGUACAAUUGCGACGUUCAGAAUUCCAUUCAGAAGACCCGAAUUUUCUAAUGAGACAAAUGGCCCGUUAGUCGAAGUGGGCGCACUACCGGACCGCGUGCAUUCAGAAAUGUCCUUGUCUAUAGACAACAACAGACCUGCCGCAGGAGCACGUCGAAUUUCUCCUCCUUUACCACAAACUCCUCAUCGUCUCAGCAAUCACGCCACAAAAAGUGAAAGCGCCGUUCCGAUUCAACGUCAUAAAUUUCAUGUUCUUGUGGUCGAGGACAAUCCGGUAAAUCAGCAAAUUGCUCUGAGGUUCAUCAAAGGUCUCAAAUUUUCUGUGGGUGCAGUGUGGAAUGGUAAAGAGGCUUUACAAUAUUUGCUAAAAGCAACUAACAAGGCACUGCCCGUUGAAGAGAGAGCUAAGCACCCAGUACCUUCUCUCAUACUGAUGGAUUGUCAAAUGCCUGUUCUUGACGGCUACCAUGCUACUCACAUACUCCGGCACCACGCACCUUACAAAGACAUCGAAGCGAUUAAGCGCAUCCCUAUCGUCGCAAUGACAGCAUCGGCUAUCCAAGGUGACCGGGAAAAAUGCGAAAAAGCUGGUAUGGACGACUACCUCUCUAAGCCGGUUAAGAAGCCUGUUCUGGAGCAAAUGAUCCUAAGAUGGAUCGAUGAGAACGCCAAAGUCAAUGCGGAAAGAGAGAGACCAAAACCAGCUCUUUCACGGGCUGGCUCGGACCACAGCUCGAAUUGCGUGGAUGUGGACAGUAUCGCUGUCGAAGUUCUGGGUCCAACCCCAACGCCGGUCUCUCACCCGAUCAACGAAAGACCAGAUGGUCCUCAACGCCUUCAGACCGUCCGACGGAGGUCCAGCUUGCAUAAAGUCAUCAUGGCUGGCCAGACGCCUACUAUGGAGACAGAGGCCGAUAGAAGUGCUACAAGGGUUGCGCAGGAGGAGAAAGCCACAAGUCUACGUGAUGCGAAACUUCUCGCUGCAACAGAAACAAGGCCCACUCUUAGCCAGAAUCCAUCUUUUCAAAACUCAAGUUCACUUGCCGAAGCGGCCGAAACCCCAUACCAAACCACGACAAGUCCGAUACCACGAAGCUAUCCGACUCAAGGCAACAGCGACACCAAAGGAGGCGUAAUGGCAUUAACCGAAGCCAAUGUACAAAAAUUCAACCGAGCAGUCAGCAGUCCUUCUCGAAACCACGAAACAGAAGACUAUUUUUCCCAGCCGCAUCCUAACGAUACCUACGGUAGCGAGGUCGUGGUACCCGUAACAGACAUUCCAGGCCCACCACCAGAAAUCCUAAGUCCUGGAGGUCAUCGAUCUAUAGCGACGAAAGACAUACUCAGUCAAAUACCCGAAUCCUCCUCAACCUUCACCACUCCGAAUAUCCCUGACUCAAGAGCGAGGAAUUCGCCGGCGCUGAAAAGGACAAAAUCCGAAGCAGUCGGCGCAGGAAAACCACCUCCGCCCCCGUCAUCUCGCCUUCAAGACCGCUCAUCCAGUGAUUUCUUACGAGACUCUGCCUCGACGGUACGACCGGAAGAUUACCAGAAGGCACCACCGGUGAGCAACAAGAUAAAUUCUGACGCGAGUAAGAAUAGUAAUCGAUACCGCGGCACGAAACCUUGA